UGCGCGCAGAUGGCGCCCGGGAUUUGAUGAUUGACAAAUCAAACAGCCAUCAGAGCUUCAUUUAGAGAAGAAACACUUGGCAGAGAAAGAUGGAAAGAAAAACAUAAACUCACCAAAAAAAGAUACGGCUCCAAGUGAUUUCGUUUAAGCGAUCCAGAAAUGUAUCGACGGACCCCGGAGAGAGGAAAGGGUUUCGUCGGGGUGGGCUCCGUGGAGCCUCAACUUUCCAUGGAGGGUCCCCGCCCAAAUCUCCCAUCGCUACCGCUCUUUCACAGAAACGCCCCUGAACCAAAGCCAACGACGAUGGCGGCGCGGCAGAACCACCUCCCACCCCCUCUUUCGACCGGGGGAAAGGGAAAGAGAAGCUCAGCCUCGUUAGUCUGCGACGUCGUGCGGACUGCGAGGUUUUUUCUUUUUUUGGGGGGGGGGGGGGGGGGGGGUGGCUUCCACCUUCCCCCCACAGAUCAUUGCUUUUGGAGCCGAAGGGCCCGUAAGCGGCGGGUACUCGUUAACAUGGUUGAAAUUUUGGUACUUCCACUUUUUGGGCCAUGGACGUUAGGGAUUGGUGACAAAAGUCUGGGGGGCUUUUUCACCAUCAAAACCGUUCUCUCUCUCUCCCUCAUCCUUCAUCCGAUAAUGGCUCAUAUUUUUCACAUCUCGUCAAGACAACUCGCUCGUAUGUACUGCUUUUCGUUGUGCAGUACCUAGUUCAGAGGGGGGGGGGGGCGGCGAUGGCAUAACAUACCAUCGACUUGAGUUCCCCCCUACUAUAAUAUUGCUUGAAGGAGCGGCACUAUAGUAAAAUACCAAAAAUGCAUGGUUCCGAGACGGCAGCGGUAGCAUGAUUCGCGGCAGCAGCGCGCCCCUUUGGGAGGGGGGAGAGAGAUAAGGAAACUCUCUUCAUUGGGUCGCGU